CACAUUGAACUGCACAUCACUGAACCCAAGACCUUCUCAUCCAAGCUAGUGUUCAUCAUCAUGCCACCCAAAAAGCCUGAGCCAAAGAAGGAAGAACCCAAGCCUGUAGCCAAACCUCCAGAGCCCGAGCCACCCAAGGAGCCUUUGUUUGACCCCUCCACUGUCACAAUUGAAUUCAGUGCAGAUCAAAUUGAAGAAUUUAAGGAAGCCUUUUCCCUCUUUGAUCGGACCCCUAAUUGUGAGCAAAAAAUCACCUAUGGACAGUGUGGAGACGUCCUGCGAGCUUUGGGACAGAAUCCAACCAAUGCAGAAGUUUUAAAAGUCCUUGGCAAGCCAAAAACUGAAGAAUUAAACGUUAAGAUGAUGGAUUUUGAUACCUUCCUGCCCAUGCUCCAACACAUUUCCAAGUCGAAGGAGAAGGGGAUAUAUGAAGACUUUGUUGAAGGGCUGCGUGUGUUUGAUAAGGAAGGAAAUGGUACUGUAAUGGGAGCUGAAAUCCGUCACGUCUUGGCUACUCUAGGGGAAAGAAUGACAGAAGAAGAGGUAGACAGGUUACUGCAUGGGCAAGAAGAGUCCAAUGGCAACAUCAACUAUGAAGCCUUUGCAAAGUACAUCUUGGCAAACUGAGCACAAGGUAAUUGCCAAAUAAUAGAACUCAUAUUGAAAACCGGUGCUGCAUUAAAUUAACUUGAAAAUUGCCAUAUUUUGUAUCCAGCAGUCAUAACAAUGGCUGAAACGCACACGAAUGCACAGGAACACCAUUCAGGAGAACACAAAUCACAGUGUUGUUCAGCUCUGCAUCCAAUGAACCAAUAAAGUCAAUGACAUUCUCUUCCCAAUCAGUUGUCUUUGUUGCCUUUCUUAUUGGGCAUAAAAUGCUCGAACGUUGGACAAAAUUCUCAUCCAGUAUUUAUGGGACUCUGUUUGUAACUAGUUGAAUAAUUGUGCAAAGCUUUAAUACUGUAUUUGAUCAAGACAGUGUAGCCUCUAGUUUGAAAUAUCAUUUGUAUUGAGGUUUAUAAUAGGAAGACGACUGUAUCUAUUUAAGUGUUAUCAAUUGUUUACGGCGCCGUUUAAAAAUAUUUUAGAAUAAAAGAAACAAACAAUUGAGAAAUUUCAAAA